CACAAGAGUUCCAUUCUUAGAUGCUUAACUGAAGAUGUUUUUAUUUGUCUUGUGAUUCACAGGGAGAAUGAUGAAUCAGUGAAAGAAGAAAAAUCUGAUUUAAAAGAAAAGUCUACAGGAAAUAAGAAGGCCAAUCGAUUUCAUCCUUAUUCAAAAGAUAAGAAUUCGGGCACUGGAGAAAAGAAAGGUCCAAACCGGAACCGAGUGUUCAUUAGCAACAUCCCCUAUGACAUGAAAUGGCAGGCUAUUAAAGACUUGAUGAGAGAAAAAGUUGGUGAGGUUACAUACGUGGAGCUCUUUAAGGAUGCGGAAGGAAAAUCAAGGGGUUGUGGUGUGGUUGAAUUCAAAGAUGAAGAAUUUGUAAAGAAAGCACUAGAAACUAUGAAUAAAUAUGACCUCAGUGGAAGACCUCUGAAUAUUAAAGAGGAUCCUGAUGGAGAAAAUGCUCGACGGGCACUGCAGCGAACAGGAACAUCAUUUCAAGGAUCGCAUGCCUCUGAUGUGGGAUCUGGGUUGGUGAAUUUGCCACCUUCCAUUCUCAAUAAUCCAAACAUUCCUCCUGAGGUUAUCAGCAAUUUGCAGGCUGGUAGACUUGGUUCCACAAUUUUUGUUGCUAAUCUUGACUUCAAAGUUGGUUGGAAGAAGCUAAAGGAAGUGUUCAGCAUAGCUGGAACUGUAAAGCGGGCAGAUAUUAAAGAAGACAAGGACGGCAAGAGCAGAGGCAUGGGCACUGUCACUUUUGAGCAAGCAAUUGAAGCAGUUCAAGCAAUUUCCAUGUUCAAUGGGCAGUUUUUAUUUGAUAGACCCAUGCAUGUGAAAAUGGAUGAUAAAUCUGUUCCUCAUGAAGACUACCGUUCACAUGAUAGUAAGACAUCACAAUUACCACGUGGUCUUGGAGGCAUUGGAAUGGGACUUGGUCCAGGUGGACAACCUAUUAGUGCCAGCCAGUUGAACAUAAGUGGUGUAAUGGGAAAUUUGGGUCCAAGUGGUAUGGGAAUGGAUGGUCCGGGUUUUGGAGGAAUGAAUAGAAUUGGAGGAGGAGUUGGGUUUGGUGGUCUGGAAGCAAUGAAUAGCAUGGCAGGAUUUGGCGGAGUUGGCCGGAUGGGAGAGCUAUACCGUGGUGCAAUGACUAGUAGCAUGGAGCGAGAUUUCGGACGUGGUGAUAUUGGAAUAAAUCGAGGCUUUGGCGAUUCCUUUGGUAGACUUGGCAGUGCAAUGAUUGGAGGGUUUGCAGGAAGAAUAGGAGCUUCUAACAUGGGUCCAGUAGGAACUGGAAUAAGUGGCAGCAUGGGUGGCAUGAGCAGUGUGACUGGAGGCAUGGGGAUGGGACUGGACCGCAUGAGCUCCAGCUUUGACAGGAUGGGGCCAGGGAUUGGAGCGAUACUGGAAAGGAGCAUCGAUGUAGACCGAGGGUUUUUAUCGGGCCCCAUGGGAAGCGGAAUGAGAGACAGAUUAGGCUCCAAAGGCAACCAGAUAUUUGUUAGAAAUUUACCUUUUGACUUGACUUGGCAGAAACUAAAAGAGAAAUUCAGCCAAUGUGGUCAUGUAAUGUUUGCAGAAAUAAAGAUGGAGAAUGGCAAGUCAAAAGGCUGCGGGACAGUUAGGUUUGAAUCCCCUGAGUCAGCUGAAAAGGCCUGCAGAAUAAUGAACGGCAUCAAAAUCAGUGGCAGGGAAAUCGAUGUUCGCUUGGAUCGUAAUGCAUAAUUUCAAGCAUGGUUGGAACAUUCCUUCAUCUGUUUAUUGAAUCUCCUAGUAAAAGUCAUUUUUUUAGUAAUGUUGUAUGCUUACAAAUGCUGUAAAAAUGAACUUUUAAAACUCCCACCAGCUUUUAACAGUAUAAUGUUGAAAAAUAUACUGUGAUUUUCGUUAUCUCAAGUUUGCGUUUCUAAAGUCGGCAAGUCUGGUUAUUCAGUUUCGAUGGAUGGACACACCAUUUUAAUGAAAUAAGCCAUUUUGUUGUUUCCAGUAGUAGGGUUUGUUUGUUCUAAUUUCCCCAAUCUUACUAUAAGUUAACAGACACUUUAACCCCUCAAAUCUCUGCUUUGUAUCAAAUUGUUAAUGAAAAGAAAGGGCUCAGACAAAUUAGGAUGUGAUUUUGGUUUGGUUUAAAUUACUUUUCUCCACUUAUAAAGAAUAGUAAUUAAGUGUCACAUUCUAAAGUUGAGGGAGUUUUUUAUUUGUCCUAAAUGAAGACAUAGGUUGGGUUUUUUUUUCUUUAUUUUGUUUUUGUUUUCCUUCUUUUUUGCCCCUCUACCAUUCCUUUCCCACACAACACUAUUAAAAAUAUCAAACUCCACAGCCCCGUAUUCUGUUACCUCCAAUAAUUCCAAGUUCAUAUAGAACCGAUAAGGUAGCAAGUCCUAAGUAUAACACUAGGCAGACCACCCCCAACUUUCGGUCUAGUUUCCAGCCAUUAAAAUGAACUGCCAAAAACAAAAAAAUAAUUGAAAUGUUGAGAGAGAUGGUUAUGUAAGUGAGUCCCUUGCUAUUCACUUCUACAGGAGCAGAUGGAUUUGUAAGUACAGUCUUAAUAAACCAGGGAAGACCUAGGCAUAACAUAUCAAAUACAUUGGAUCCCACGAUGUUAGAUAUAGCCAUGUCUCCUUUACCUGCAAAAGAACAGCAUGUUGUUAAAAUGUGCACACCAAUAUUAUAUUUUAUUAAUAAUCUUCAUAAGAAAAACACUGGAUACUUUUUGUUGGUUAGUUUUAGAAAAAUUAUUGUUAGAGCAAGAGUCUUAUUGAAUUUGUAUUUCCUUGAGUUAGUAUUUAAAGUCUUAACACUUAUUUAAUAAUUACCUUUAUUUAUUAAACCAUUUUUAAUAAGGUGUGCAGCUUAUCUGUUGCUUUUCAUUCUCAUUUGACAGUGAAUUACCAUCUAAUGCACAUUUCAGGUAAAAAGUAUUUGGGGGGUUGGGUUGGUGGAAUUAACCUAUUAAAAACUAAAUGCUUCCCAUGAGUCACUUCUUUUUUCCUCAAAGUAUGUUAUUACCUUUCCUUUUACUUGCUUUAUGGUACUCAAGCUUAAAGGACAGCCAGUGCCUCUGGGAGACUGCCAGUCUUACCUUUUCUUGCAACUAACACACUUGCGACUGUGUCUGGUAUGCUUGUACCUGCUGCCAAUAGAGUGAGGCCCAUUACUGUGUCUGGAAUUCCUAGUAUUUCCCCUGUAAUAGACACAGAGACUACAGGUUACACAUCACAAAUCUUAUAUGAAGCAGUUUUGAAGACAGCUUGGAUGUGUCUUCCCUAUUCAGGAAAAGUAUUUAGGUAUGUCUAGAUUUUUGAACCAAUAUAUGCUGCUUAUAUGGUUUCUAGAUGGCAAAGUAUUUGAAACAUGUUGAUAAUUUGGCUAACCAGGGCAGCACACAUUUUUAAUGACAGAUAUCUAAAGAUAUUGAGCAAUAAGAAAUCCUCAUUUGGAAUCUGAGGAAAGCAGUGGCUAUCACUGUUGGCUUGUGUGGUGAAAUUAUUUAUUUUCUGUUUUCUUGAAGUUAAAAUACUUGAGAGUUAAACACCUUAUAGUAAUUUUAUCCAUUAUUAGAUUGAAAUGAGGGCUUUGAACAUGCUACUUUGUUUACUGUUUGCUUUGUUUUAGGGAAGUACAUAGAUCUCUGAGGUAGACAGGGACCUACUUUCCUGUCUGAGUCUAACAUAUGGCACCAAUUUCUUAAUACUUGUAUCAAAUUGAUAGCAGACAUGAGUUCAUUCUGAGAAAACCAGAGGGCAGGUAAAAAGGGUAGGGACAGGUAACUGUUAAUGUUGUAAUUGAAAACAUGGUUUAGAAUAAGAACAGUGCUGUUUGUCAUCUUAGUUAUUAUGUGUGACCUUAUAUUUGAUUCUACUCUUUUAAUGUAAAAUAUUCCGAUUAGGAAAAUUGGAUACAGUGAAUGUGCAAACUACCUGGACAUUCUUAUUGUCAUCAUAAAAAAGAAAACUAUUUUGUUUUUGUUAGUAUAAUUAUAAUAAAGCUAGUUAUCUGGGAGAAGUUGAGGUCAGCCAUUUUGGAGAAGGGGCCAGGUAAUAAUUAUUUCAUCAUUGCAGUCAUUGUGGUCAUUUCUGUUGAGAUUCUUGAGUCACCCCAAUGUAAAAACAGCAAUAUAUACAUGUAAAUAGAUGACCGGGUGCAACUGGUCAGUGAGUUUCAUUGAUACAAACAGGUUGGUUGACUUAGGCAUGUCAGAAGGAAAUUGUUCAUUUCUUUUUCUUUUUCUUUUUGGUUUUUCAAGACAGGAUUUCUCUGUGGCUUUGGAAACUGUCCUGGAACAAGCUCUUGUAGACCAGGCUGGUCUCACACUCACAGAGAUCCGCCUGCCUCUGCCUCCCAAGUGUUGGGAUUAAAGGCAUGCGACACCAACGCCUGGCUGAGAUUGUUCAUUUCUAAUGUAAGUUAGUUACAGUUCAUCUUUUUGAAGGAAAAUCCUAAUUUUUAUUUCUAUUUAUAGUCAUUUUUUUCAUUGGGGAUUAGAGCAUAUUAUGUCUAAGCAGUAAAACUUACUUGUGAAGAUACUAGAAGCCUAAUACAAAACUUUUAUAUUCACUUAGUCAUCUAUAUUGUAUUUCCAUUGCCAUAUUGUAAAGCAAAAGAAAACAUCUAGUUAAACAGCAAGCACCUACUGCUUACCCCUAACCCCAGUUAGUUCCUUUCUCUGGUUUCCACUGUGGAUUAGGCUUCAGUAUGAAGAGUUCUCAUGAACCCUAUGUAAUUAAGGGGUCCUAUGAAUUAUACCCCAGACUGUGUAAUAGUGGGAAAUGCCCUUGUAUUUAACUCACAAAACCCAAAUGAGCUUGUUAGAUUGUGAUAUUAAGCUUUCAUCUUUUGUAAACAACACUAGUUUUUAGUCUUUCUGAAAAGAGACUACUUUAAAUGAAUGUUUGCAGUCUCUUCUUACAUGAGAUUAGUUUCUUGUUGUGCUAUUUUACUUAAUGACAUACCUGUUACUGUUACCAUCCAAACCAAGAUGUAUGUGAAUGCAGAUAUCCAUAGUGCAGACAUGAGAAAGGUUAUCACAAAGUAAUUUUUCCAAAAUUUUCUUCUGCAAUCUGGUGUUGUCAGAAAAAGUAAUGUAAUAAUAGGAAGAGAGAGUACCCAAAAAAUUCUUUUUACGUCUGCUUCAGGCAUGCUGAAAAUACUUGGUGGGUCUGUUAUGGAAAAAUUAAACAAUUUUGAGUUUUCUCAAAUGACCUGUUUCUCAAAGGCCCAUUUAGAAGGCUGUGUUGAAAUUACUGCACUGCACACAUUUUUGAAAGACUAUCUACAGCGUUGUUCUCAACCUGUAGGUCAUCCUUUGGAGGAUGAAUGACCCUUUCACAGGGUUUGCCUAGGACCAUUAGAGAACAUGGUUAUUUAUAUUAUGAUUCAUAACAGUAGCAAAGUUACAGCUAUGAAGUAAUAAUGAAAAUAAUUUUAUGGUUGAGGAUUGCCAUAGCAUGAGGAACUGUAUUAAAGGGUUGCAGCAUUAGGAAGGGUGAGAACCACUGAUCCUCAAACAUUUGGAUACUUCAUUACUGUUAUUGCCGGUCAAAAGAAACUUAACUGAAACUAGGCAGACAACAUAAGCUGUGAUGCUCAACUUCCCCUUCCUUCUCUGAGGACUUGAAUCAAAUGUCUUGAACUGUUUGCUGAAUGCUCUGGUGACAGUCUUUGCAGAAUAGUAUGGAGCAGUAUGGAUUAUUAGGAACUUUUAGGAUUAACUUGGCACUUCCCCUUCCCCUCAACCCACACCCCCCACCUCUUGUACCUCCCCCACCCAUGGUAUUUCAUUUCAUCCCUUUUCCAAAAUUGAUGAGGCUUAUGGUUUGUUGUAUACCAAUACAUGCUUAGGGAAUGUUCCAUCUAAUUCUCAUUCCCAUUGUGUCUUAUCAUGUACUAAAUUCGUGCUUCAGUUGCUAGAAGGAACCUAGAGUAAGUUGGGCCUAGUAGUCUCCUGGUAUAGCUCUAGAGUGUGUGCUCAGGGCACAGGGAUGACUAGAUUGGAUAAAAGUGAGACUGAUCGGGCUGUGGACUAUAUAUGGCACUUAUACCAUACUUGGCUCAUACCAAGACUCAAGCAAUGCACCAUUAAUUUAGAUAAAAUUUUAAUACGAACAUUUUGAUUGAUACUUUUGAGGGCUUUUUGUUGUUGUUAUAAAUCUUUUCUACCUUAAAGACUACGAAGUAUGUUUUGUAAGGUUGAAAAAAGUCAUGUGUCAUUUUUUUUUUUAAAUGAUAAACUAGAAACUUCCUUCCUAAUCACUUAACUGAAAUUAGAAUCACUUUUUAUAAAGUUUUCUGGUCAGAAAUGACAUUGUUAUAUCGAACAUACCAAAUUCACGUUUAGCUUCUGCUUCACACAUUUCAUUCCCACCUGUUUUUUUUUUUU